AUGAACUUGCUCAAAUCGGCUUUGAACAUCAUCUCCCCGUCCUCCAAGCCCGCCAACAUGUCGUCCGUUCAGUGGAUCUACAAGAUCUUUCCCCACUCCUCGGUAGACAGCCGCUUUACCAUCCCGACGCCCAUACCCGCCUCACAUACCUUCUUCCUUUCCGAGCUGGACUACAAGGACGGCUUUGUCCAUUUCUCCACUUCGCAGCAGGUGCCCAAGACGCUGGACAGGUUCUUCGCGGACGUACCGAGCGUGACGGUGUUGCGGUGUGAAUUGGGGAGGUUGAGCGCUUUCAAGCGGGUAGAAUGGGAGGGAGAUGGAGAGAAAUUCCCGCACCUGCAUGCUCACCUGGAAGGCGAGAACGUCGACUCGUUCAAGUAUAUACACAAAGAGGGGAAGAGCUGGAGCUCGGCACUCGAACAGCAGGAUAUCAAGACAUGGUUGGUGUAA